CAUGUCAGAUUCGGACGAUGACGAACGAGUCACUAAGCUCAACUUCAAGAAGGACAGGAUACACUUUGGGUCGUUGGAGGAAAGCAAAACAGUCCUCGAUGCUCCAGCUCCAAAACCAGCUGCUGAGGAAGGGGAGCCGAUGGUAGAGUUCUCUACGGAGAAAAGUGAUACCGAGAGUGAUGAUUCUGGGGAGGAGGACAUGUCGGGGGUACAAACCCUGGUAGACGAGCACCAAGCCGAGUUGUGGGAGGAACUAGCUAAGAAGAAAGCUGCUAGGAACAUUGCUGUACCUACUGAGGACAUACGGGUGAAAGCAAUGUUGAGGGAGAUGGAGGAACCAAUUUGUUUGUUUGGAGAAGGCCCAUACGAGAGGAGAGAACGACUUAAACAAUUACUUGUCGCAGCCGGCAAGUUGUCAGGAGUAACAACUCACAAAGAUCUAGUGGCUGAACAAGAGAUGCAAGAAGAUGGAGAUGACGGGGAGGAGAAACCAGAGGUUUGGUACCACGAGGGGACUGGGUCACUCAAACGAGCCAGAUUCUUCAUUGCUGAAUAUUCAAUACCACGUUCCAAGAAACGGCUCCAGCUAGCUCGGGAGUGGCAAGGAAAACCCGCCACCGUCAAACACUCCGAAAAACAGGACAUCCACAAGUUUGUCCACACUCUCAACAACGAAUGUUCCCAGAUUGGUGAUACCCGCCCUCUCAGUUACUGUAACAUUUCACCCUGUUCUGGUUACCUAGCAACGGGAUCUUGGUCUGGUUUAGUGAAACUGUGGAGGCUACCUAGCUGCAAUCCUGUCGCAACACUUACAGGACAUAAUGGUAGAAUUGGAGCUGUGACUUUUAGUCCUCAGGCUGGUCUAGCUGACAACGUAGCGUGUCUGUCCUCGUGCGACUCAGAUGGCGUUGUCAACUUGUGGUCCAUGUCCUCAACUCGACCUGUGGCUAAUCUCCCUGGUCACGGCUGCAGGGUCGCCAGACUUAACUAUCAUCCUUCAGGAAGGUUUCUGGGAACGGCGUGUUACGACCACUCCUGGAGAUUCUGGGACCUGGAAUCAUCAACUGAAAUCCUCCAUCAAGAAGGGCACAGUGGGCCAGUGUACAGUAUCUCAUUCCACCGAGACGGGUCCCUCCUAGCGACCGGAGGACUGGACUCCUACUGCCGGGUCUGGGACCUCAGGACGGGCCGGGCAGUCCUCUUCCUUGAGGGACACCUGAAAUCAGUUCUGAGUUGUGAUUUCGCUCCAGACGGUUAUCAUCUGGGGACUGGUUCUGAGGAUAACAGCUGUAAAAUCUGGGAUCUGAGGCAGCACAAGAGUAUUUACAGUAUUCCGGCUCAUAAUAAUAUGGUUACUUACUGCAAGUUCGCUGGCACACCUAAUAAUAGUAUGUUGUUGACUGCUAGCUACGAUUCUACUGCCAAGGUGUGGUCACACAAAGGGUGGAUGCCACUGAAGAGUCUGACCGGACACGACAACAAGGUCAUGUGCGUGGACUGUAGUUGGGACAAGAAGUACAUUGUCACCGCUAGCUAUGACAGAACAUUCAAACUGUGGACUAAUAAGAGUAUUAGUUGAUGAUUGCGAUGAAAUAUUUUAAAUUUUAUGAGAUUCAUAUUCGUGUCAUGUGCGAAUAUUUUAAUCUUAGUCUUGGAAAUGGAAGAAUAUGUCAUUUCGCAUAUUUUAUUCCAAAUGAACCAUUUGGGUGGUCGAUCGAGUAAUCAGGUAAGAAUCGACGAAAAGGUGCUGACAUAUUAAUGAUCCCUGAGUAUUGGAACUGGGAAGCAAGCCGUUAACUCUAGUUCUUCUCAUUGUUAUCUUCUUUCUGCUUCAAAUAUUUCUACGCUCACAGAGUGGAUUAUAUAACUUUCAAUAUUUUUAUGUUUUUGAUUAUUUUAAGUUUACCAGAAAUCA